UAGGCUGGGCAACAGCGCUGGUGGGAGCAGGAGAUUGCGGUGAAUGGGAAGAUCCAGAAGGGAGAGUUGAUCACUUACAAUCUGACCGAAUUGAUCAAGCCAGAAGCCUACGAAGUGCGCCUGACCCCAGUCACCAUAUUUGGAGAUGGAGAUUCCACCAUUCGCGUAAUCAAAUACAGCGAUUCUCUGCUCUCUUUUUCUCUUCCAGCCCCAAUGAACCCCCACUUACGAGAAUUCCACUGCGGCUUUGACGACGGCAACAUUUGCUUGUUCACCCAAGACACGAAGGACAACUUCGACUGGACGCGGCAGAACAUCAUCCUCCGAGACACCAAGUACACGCCAAACACAGGCCCCAGCGCCGACCGGACUGGCUCCAAGGAUGGCUUCUUCAUGUACAUCGAGGCUUCCAGUCCCAGGAAGGAGGGCGACCGGGCCCGGCUCAUCAGCCCCAUCUUCAGCAUCCCACCCAAAAACCCCUACGGAGCCACCAACACCGCCUACUGCUUCAGCUUCUACUACAACAUGUACGGGCAGCACAUUGGAACGUUGAAUGUUUACCUGCGGUUGAAAAGUCAGACCACCCUCGAAAGUCCUUUCUGGUCUUCGAGCGGCAACAAAGGACAGGGAUGGCUCCAGGCCCGCGUCAAUAUACACCCCAACACUUCAUUCCAGGUUAUUUUCGAAGGGAUCCGUGGCCGUGGCAUCGAAGGAGACAUAGCCGUCGAUGACAUAUCCAUCGUGGAAGGAGAAUGCACGAAAUCGGAAUCUCCGGACAAUCAUAUACCUUCGGGUGCAGGCAGGAGACUGCCCCAUAUACGGAUUUUCCCCGUGUUCCUUCUCGUGUCUGUCUUAAGUCAUCAGAGGUGACCUUCUUCCGGCAGAGGCUGCAACACAGACGUACCACGCACUGGCAUGAAGAAAAGAGAACAUUUCAAAAAAGAAACAAACAAAACAAAAACUACCAAAGAUUCCUCCACGGACUGACUCAAAUACGUUUUUUUAAAGAAGUAGAAGAAGAAGAAGAUGAAUCAAUCCUAAAGUAUAUAUAUAUAUAUUUCAUAUAUAUAUAUACCUAUAUAUAUGAAAAAGGAAGCAUUGGGAGUUUUUAAAGAUAAAACACAUGAAACGAAUCAGCGAAGGGGACUGUGGGCACCUCCGCGUGCCACGUGCCACAUGCGGACGUGAAGGACAAAGACCUUCAGGUGCUUUCUCUUUUUUUGUGCGGUUAAUUAGAGAUGAACUAUCGGGAAGGGGACAAAAAGAGACACACUCAACACGACACACACACACACCGGACACACACAAACACACACACACGGUCUCCGUUGGAAGAACUCUUGUCAAAAGAGCUGCCGAAUUCCUCGUCAAAGCACAAGUCAUGGCUUGUUUUGUUUCAAAUGAAUAGUUUGCUUGUUGCCAUGGGAUCCGAAUGGCCUGCCGGAAGAGAGAUUUCAGAAAGAGGGAAGAGGGGGAAAAGAGGGAGAGACGAGGAGGAGGAAGAGAGAGGGGAGUACAUCCCUACGCCUCAUUGCAAAACAGGGUACCAGUGGAAUUGGGCGAUUCCUUUUCGUUUUUUCGCAUCGAGUCCAACCACGAGCUGCAGUCCCUUUCCUUGCCUCUAGAUGCGCCGCUGGGCUGACGCUCAUGCGCGGUUGAAGACAUUCUGUUUCAGUUCCUCAUGGCAAUGCGCAGCGGCGGUACGCAGUCUCCACUUUGCAUGCAUCGACGUAACUCCGGGACGUACAAAGACGGCGGUGUGGACUUUGCCCGGAGUUUGCUUGCGGCCACUUGAACACACCUCCUCCCACCCCGUGUCCCCCGAGAACAUCCCGCUCCGACUUUUCCGCCUCUCAUCCCACCCGCUCCCGUCCCCGACCGAAACCAUCCCUUCGAACCAAGUGACGAAGAAAACCAAACUACCAUCUUUUUUUCUAAAAAUGCCAUGGAAACCAAGUGCCUUCAAUGAUAACAAGCCUGAGAAAUAAAAAUGGGGUUGGGGUGGGAGAGGAAACCACACACAUGUAUACACACACACGGACACACACAUGCAGACGUUCCAGCGGAGAGGUGCGUGCAAACUCAAGGAGGGUUUUGCGUAUAACUCUUUUGGGGGGUGGGAUCCGUGUCGGUGUUGUUUUCUAGGAUGGAGACUUGGAGAAAGACGUAUAUUUCUCAAAAUGGAUUGACUCGAAGGAGAGCGCGGAGAUCCUUCCGAGAUGAAGACGGCGCGUCGGAAACAGCCUUCAUCUAGUCGAGGGCGAAAUGGAGCGAUCCACCCCUGGCUUUUUGGGCUACCAACGUCGUGGAGGGCCUGUAGCUCAAAAGGAGAUGCGCAACACACAAACACACACAUGAACACACACAUUUUUUUUCUAACUCUAACCUCUGUGCGGAAAAAAACAAAACAAAAACAAAACCGAGAUUGGUUCUAACUUUAUACCGAGCCGAGACCGAAUUUCCAAGGGACGUUGCAGUGCGUACGGCAAACAAACACACAAACAAAAAAAAACUCGAACUCUUUUGCGGUGAAACUUGCAGGCUGGCUGAACCUGGUUCCAUUCCCACACGCGGAGAAAAGAAGAAGAAGAAGGCCUCUGCCCUUUCAUCAGACUCUGUGCAAAUUGUGAAAUAUUAUUUUAUUAUUUUAGCAAAAAUUAAAAAAAAAACCACUUUUACAAAAACGAGAGAGAGAGAGAGAAAGAGAGAGAGAGAGAGAAUAAUAAUAAUGGUAAUAAUAAUAAUAAAACUUGUAAAAAUUUAUUUUCAGCUACCUGGUUCCACCCCAUACCUAUGAGUAAGCAGCCAAUGUUCCAAUACAGUGUACAUUUCCCCGGCUGAGUUGGCAACGGAAAUCGGGAGACCUUUUCCCUUCAGUUAUCUCAGCUUUUAACUUCACAUGAAAGAGAGAGAAAGAGAGUUUUUGUCUAAGCAAGAGUUACUAUUAUUAUUAUUAUUCUAAUGAUCACGAUUAUUCUACGUUCUUCCCAAUACCCGAGGAGGAAACGACGAGAGGGAGGGGGAAACUCAUAUGCAAAUAAUUCGGAUAUUCCAAGGAAGUCGAAAAAGAAUAGCAUUUGAAAACAUUAAUAUUUUGAAGAAGAAAAAAAAGCACAAAGAGAUGCAGUAAAAAGAAAAAAGUGACGAGGCUUGAUUUUUUAAAACAAAUCUGUAGAAAAAAAAAGUUUGUGCCGAUAAUUCAGUAAUUCAACUGAAAGAAAUAAUUUUACAACAAUGUUCAAUAAAGCUUAUUUCCAGGUAA